AUGUUGCCUGCCAAACAACGAGUUUUGCCCGCCCGAAAAGAUGACAGAGUGAUACUGCAUUUCGACUACGAUUGUUUUUAUGCUUCUGUUUUCGAGGCUGAGGAUCCUAGUCUAAAGGACAAACCAUUAGCUGUACAGCAAAAGCAGAUCAUCGUAACAUGCAAUUACGAAGCACGUCGAAGGGGUUUACGCAAACUUCAGCUCAUCAAGGAGGCCAAACAAGUCUGCCCAGACGUCGUCAUUGUGCUUGGAGAAGACAUUAGUCGUUUUCGAGAUGCAAGCAAGAAGCUGUAUCGAUUCCUCCGUGGCUUUUCUUGGAAUGACAGAGCAGAGAGACUCGGCUUUGAUGAGGUAUGGUUGGAUGUUACUGAUAUGAUUGGGUACAACAUUUCUUUGUUGAACCCGCAUGACUUGGUCAAUUCGUUUUUCAUCUUGGACAAGGACGAUCCUACCCAAGGAUUUGCUUUCGAUGCUACCUGCUACGCAGGUCCUACAUUACCUGAACAUCUGUCCACUGGCUAUGAUGCCCUAACUCUGCGACUAAAACUCGGUUCUCAUCUCGCGUCGCACAUUCGCAAUGAGCUAGAAAACCGAACGGGUUAUACAUCGACUGUCGGCAUCUCAACAUCAAAGCUACUCUCCAAGUUGGUUGGCAACAUGCACAAGCCAAGAAGCCAAACAACUCUCAUACCUCCAUAUGUUUGUGCAGAUGAACAGGUAGGCAACGUUGAAGCAUUCAUCGAUGACUACGAGAUUGGCAAGAUCCCUGGUAUCGGUUCUAAGCUUGCUCAAAAGUUGCGUCAGCACGUUCUACAGCAUGAACCAGACUUUGAGAAAGGCCUCAUCUAUGGAGAGACGAAGGAGAAGGUCACCGUGAAGGAUUUCCGUCUUGCUCCAACCAUGAGUGCAGAGGCAAUAGAGAAACUUCUGUCCGGUCCUGGCUCUCCUCACGGCAUUGGCAUCAAGAUAUGGUUGCUCUUACAUGGCAUCGAUGACACAGAGGUGAACUUCGCGAAAGCUGUACCCAGUCAAAUUAGCAUUGAGGAUAGCUACAUUCGCCUUGAUACUCUACCGGAAGUGUUGAAAGAGCUCAAGAUGCUAGGCUGCAGUCUCAUUGAGCGUAUGCGCAUCGACCUUGUCACCGAAGACGAUGAUGAUCUGGAUCAGUCUGCUCGGUCUGACAAAGCCACAGACAUCCCUGCAAAAGUCAACGGAGAGCUGGCGAUACAGCAAGAGAAUACGAAAGCUAGACCAUUGGGUAGAUGGCUUGCGCAUCCCAAGACGAUCCGUCUGUCCACCAGACCUCGUCUUCCUCUGAACCCCGACGGCACUCGCUCACGAAGCUUUAAGCGCAUCUCCCAUUCGGCACCUCUUCCCAGUUUCGUCUUCUCUUUGACAGACUCCGUCAAUUCCAUUGCUGAAAAGCUCGUCCACGAAACGGUGAUAGGAAUGUUCCGGAAACUUCAUCCCGAGAAGGCAGGCUGGAACCUGAGUCUAGUCAAUGUUGCUGUAACGAAUAUGGCCGAAACAGGCGGCGAAAGCAGAACUGCGAAUGGUCGAGACAUCGGCAGUAUGUUCAAACGUCAAGAGAGUGUUCAUAAAGAAUUCCGCGUCUACGAUCAGGAGGAGACGGAGCCUUCGCCAGAAGCAACUUUGAAGGUCAAAUUACGGGGGCAGCAGACCAUCACCGAUGAGCAGUCUUUCGCCGGCUACACAGCCGUUGACAAUGAGAACAGCGGCUGGGUGGACGAGGAUGGAGAGGAAGAGGCCGAGACGUGUGGCAUCUGUGGCAUGUCACUACCACCUUUCGCAAUGUCUGCUCAUAUCAGAUUCCAUCAGAUGUCGUGA